GCGGCCAAUGUUUAGCCUGUCGGUGUAUCGCUCAAGCGCUAUAUAAACAAGUUGCAUUUAAAAAUCACACUUUAGUUUGUACGCAUUCGAUAUAAAUAAAAGUGAAGACAACAACCUUUGUUUUAGCAACUGCUUGUUACUCAAUCGCAAAUAAAGAGCAUUUGAACAAAAAAGAGUGGAUUUGUCUCGUCUAUUGUUUAUUGAUGACAAGAGAAACUCCGCAUUUUAUCUUAUCAACGCGCUAAAAGAUAGAUCUCACGAAAAUACGCAUAAAUUAUUUGAAAGAUGAAUGGCAGAGAGAAUCGUGCCUACGGGCACAAUCUUAUAAGUAGUUCUAGCGCCACUAAGAAUUUAAAGGAUGAACUUUCAAGGGAGGAUCAAUCUUAUCAAAAUAGUUUGACUUCAUCGACAGCAGCAAACACUUUCGAUAAAAGUCUGCCAGAGGAUCCAUUCUUCCUACCGCCAUCUUCAAAUAGCUCAUCACAGUUUCUCGCGCCGCCUAAAAGACAAAGGAGUCCUGGUAUAUUUGAAAGAGAGUUUCCUUUAAAUUAUGGUCUCAUUAUACAAGCGGAUGACAUCAAUGAGCCGCCAUUGCCAGUAAAUAAAUCGAGAAUCACUUCACAUGAAAAACCAACACCGCUACCACUACCACCACCUCAGCAUUUUAUACAGCGUAACGCUAACUCGAUACCUUCAGAUGAUUUACAACGCAGUCAUCAAUCCUUAAGAGGUUCACGAAUAUCCUUUGAAAAAAAAGUUGAUGAUGAAAGCAGUGACGAAGACACUUUUGAAAAACGUCGCCUAGGCUAUCAAAAACAAAAGGCUCUCAGCGUAGAUCAAAAAGGCAUAUUGAGGGAUCUUAAAACUAUCCUAGCUAAUGAUAAUCGUCGACAAUAUCAGGCCAAAAAGCAUGUAUCGCUGGACGUCAAAGGCACUGGUUACUUGCGUGAUUUGUUAAAGGAUUCCUCAUCUGAAGAGGAGUUUCAUAAGACACGCUGCGAAUUUCAAGGACGUAAACAUCAAAGCUUAGAUUCGCGGGUUACAUUUAAUUUGGAAAAAGUUCUACAAGGCUCCAGUACCGAUACCGACGACGAAGUAGAUGAUGCGGAACAUAAACGAUUAUUACAUCGACCUAAAGACAUAACUAAACCGGUUAUAAUCGAUUUAAAAAAUCUAGUGCCAAGUGACGAAAGCGAAGAGGAUUAUUCACUGAAUCGGCAAAAUUUCCAGCAGCAACGAUCCAUUAGUAACGACUCAAGGAAAAGUUACCGUGUUUACGAAAUGGAUGAAGCGGGUCAUAUGAAAGGUGAAAACUUACGCAAUACGGUGCCAUUUGUACGACAAAUAACGGAAGAUGGCAAACCAAAAUUAGAAGUUUAUCGUCCCACCACAAAUCCUAUAUUCAUAUGGACUCAGGUCUUAGCAGCUUUUAGCGUAUCAUUAGGAUCAUUAGUAGUAGGUUUCUCAUCGGCUUACACUUCGCCCGCCUUGGUAUCCAUGACAGAUGGUAACGUCACCUCAUUUCUUGUAACGGAACAAUCAGGUUCUUGGGUCGGUGGUAUAAUGCCUUUGGCUGGUUUGGCUGGCGGCAUAGCAGGUGGUCCUUUGAUCGAGUAUUUGGGAAGGCGGAAUACUAUUCUAGCCACAGCUGUACCUUUUAUAAUAUCUUGGCUUCUAAUAGCUUGUGCUGUUAAUAUAGUGAUGGUGUUGGCUGGACGGGCUUUAGCUGGAUUUUGUGUUGGCAUUGCUUCUUUGGCUUUGCCAGUGUACUUGGGCGAAACGAUACAGCCGGAAGUGCGUGGAACUUUAGGUUUAUUACCUACUGCUUUCGGCAAUGUUGGUAUACUAUUAUGCUUUACGGCCGGCACUUAUAUGAAUUGGUCAAUGCUGGCUUUCUUGGGAGCUGUUUUGCCAGUACCAUUUCUAAUACUUAUGUUUUUAAUACCGGAAACUCCGCGUUGGUAUGUCUCGCGUAAAAUGGAAGACAACGCUCGCAAAGCUUUGGUAUGGUUGCGAGGCAAACAAGCCGACGUUGAUCCAGAACUUAAAGGUCUUGUACGCAGUCAAGUUGAUGAUGAUCGCCAAGCAACCACAAAUCAAAUUUCUGAGCUAUUUAAGCGUAACAAUCUCAAGCCAUUAUCUAUUUCUUUGGGUUUGAUGUUUUUCCAACAGUUCAGCGGCAUAAAUGCCGUUAUUUUCUAUACUGUUUCGAUUUUUAAAGAUGCCGGCUCCACGAUUGAUAAUAACUUAUGCACGAUUAUAGUGGGUUUAGUUAAUUUUAUAGCCACAUUUAUGGCCACCGUGUUAAUUGAUAGAUUGGGUAGAAAGGUUCUUUUGUAUAUUUCGGAUGUGGCCAUGAUAAUGACUUUAUUUACGUUGGGCGGCUUUUUCUACUGCAAGGAGAGCGGAAUGAAUAUCACCCAAAUUGGAUGGUUGCCUUUAGCCAGUUUUGUUAUUUAUGUAGUAGGAUUCUCUUUGGGUUUCGGACCCAUACCUUGGUUAAUGAUGGGCGAAAUCUUACCAGCCAAAAUAAGAGGAACAGCUGCCUCGGUGGCUACAGCUUUCAAUUGGACUUGUACAUUCAUUGUAACCAAAACUUAUCAGGACAUGAUAGAUUCGAUUGGCGCUCACGGAGCUUUUUGGUUAUUUGGCGUUGUUUGCUUCAUUGGUUUGUUCUUUGUGAUUUUCUACGUACCUGAAACCCAGGGCAAAUCUCUGGAAGAUAUCGAACGUAAAAUGAUGGGUCGCGUACGCCGUAUGUCGUCGUUAGCCAAUAUUAAACCGUUAUCUUUUAACAUGUAACAGAUUUUAAUGAUAAUUUAUUGUUAUUAUUAUUCCACUUUCUCACUUGACGAACAUCUAUCAUCAUUAACUUUAUUUUUUUACUUGUUACAUCCUCAUCUCUACUUCGGAUUUAUUGUAAAGCCAAAUAUUAGUGCAAGUAAUAUUUAAUCACAUAAUAAUAUAAAAAAUUAUACCAUUUGUUUCUUUCUCCUCUCUCGCCCUUUCCAUCCAUUACAGAGUACUUAGUU